CGGCGCAGGAAGACGGUUUGGCAGGCCUGGCAAAAGAAGGCCCUGCUAUCAGCUUUCAGCAAGAACCAAUACCCGAGCUUCUGGGACAGGCAGGAACUGGCCAGGCAAAUACAGCUCCCUGCGUCCCGCAUCCGAGUGUGGUUUCAGAAGCAAAGAAGUCGCACUGGAGAGGUGAGGCACGGCCCAAAGCGGUCCAGCAGAGGCUCCAUUCCGCUAGCCUCCCAACAGCUCGAGGAAGGGUUUGGCUCCAGGUCACAAGGUAGCAGCAUGCCCUCGGACAGCAGAAGGCCUCGCACUCGACUCAACUUGCAACAGCGCAGGAUCCUAGUACAAGCCUUUGAGAGGAACCCGUUGCCAGGCUUUGCUACCAGGGAGCAGCUGGGCCAGAGGACAGGUUUGAAUGAGGACACGAUCCACAUAUGGUUUCAGAACAGAAGAGCG